GCAAGGGAGGGAGCAGAUCUGGGAACAUCUGCGGCAGCUCCAGUUUUUCUUCUUUUUCUUUAGCCACACCCAGGGGUGCAUUUCUCCCCGCUUUGCGCUCCUCUACCUGUCCACGGGAGCCAAAGCCAUGCGUGAAAAGAUCGGAACGAAGUUGAAGUAAAACGGAAUAAAGGGGAAAUGAAUAGGCUGGGGACUACUUUAAUGAGCUAUGGAUUAAAACAUCUCAAAGUCUGAGGAGAGACGGUAACCAUCAAGAGUAGAUUUUCAGACAAGAGAUAUUUGACCACAAGUUUGCAACAUGGACUGGAAAACCUUCCAAAGCCUUCUCAGCGGAGUGAACAAAUACUCCACUGCGUUUGGGCGGGUAUGGCUGUCGGUGGUGUUUGUGUUCAGGGUGAUGGUGUACGUGGUGGCGGCCGAGCGAGUGUGGGGCGACGACCAGAAGGACUUUGACUGCAACACCAAGCAGCCAGGCUGCCCCAACGUCUGUUACGACCACUACUUCCCCAUCUCCCACAUCCGCCUGUGGGCGCUGCAGCUCAUCUUUGUCACUUGCCCGUCCUUCAUGGUGGUCAUGCAUGUGGCGUACCGCGAUGACCGCGAGCGAAAGCAUAAGGCCAAGUUUGGUGAUAACAGCAAGCUGUACAACAACACGGGGAAGAAACACGGAGGCCUGUGGUGGACCUACUUGAUCAGCCUCUUCGUCAAGACGGGCAUCGAGAUCGCCUUCCUUUACAUCCUCCACAGAAUCUACGACAGCUUCUACCUGCCGAGGGUGGUCAAGUGCGAGGAAGCACCCUGUCCCAACCAGGUGGACUGCUACAUAGGUCACCCCACCGAAAAGAAGGUCUUCACGUACUUCAUGGUUGGAGCUUCGGCCCUCUGCAUCAUCCUGAACUUAUGCGAGAUCAUCUAUCUUAUCUCCAAAAGAAUUGCGCAGUGUGCGAAAAAUAUCAAAAGGCGCAAUCGCAAUGCAGCUCUGCAUCAUGACGACUACACCAACGACAACUUCAACAACUACAACAUGACUCUGCCAAAGAGAGUUCUGGAGGACAAGCCUCCGUCCUUCAACAGUGUCUGCAAGCCAUUGUCCCGGCUGGAAGUGCACGGGAUGGAUCCAAAGAUACGGGCCUCUGCUCCCAACCUGUCCUUAUGAUGAUCAUGUCUAAAGUCAGGCCAAAGCUCAAGAGCCGAGAACUGCUUUGGCUGGAUCCCAGGUUACAAAAUAGCAGAGAUAGACCCGUGAGCCAGACUGCAGUAUGUCUCAGAGCCUGCGCUCUGAGUCGUCAGUACUUGAUUCAUUGCGACUUUCUGUCCGCAUCUAAAACUCUCAAAGAAUCGUUUGAACUUUGGUUUCCAUGUCAACAGCAACAACAUUUACAAGCCAGCUGUUAAAUCUAGGUUUGAUUUGUUAUGUUGUUUUUGGACACAGUAAAUAUCUGUGUACCAUUUCAGUGCUUAUGCUUUUUGAAACAAACCUGUGAAAGUUCUCAGUUCUUCUGAUUCAUGUUUUGACAUGGGGAGGAAGGGAAAUGAGUGUCACAAAAGAAGCAAAGACACACCUGGUGGAGGUAUUUACCAGUUUGCCAGUGUCUACAGCGGUGUGUCAGAGCCUGCUGUGGUAAUCUAGGGUUUAUUUAUCCCUUAAAAAGGGAUUUUUAAAAUCAAUUUUAUACUAAAGUUAUGGCUUUACCUUCACAAUUUUAUUUUAAGUCAGUGUAGAAAAGGAAACACUGGAACACUGGAUUAUGGAUGCUUUAGAGCUCAUAUAAAUAGUACUUAAAGGUGUUUAAAGAUUAUCUUUUUUUAAUCUCACAUAAAAAUCAAUCACAUGAAUAAAGUGCAUUUGUUUUGUAUUUCAUGUUUUUAAAAUCCUUGCCCUGUCUUAGGUUUGUCCUGCUGAGACUCCGUGUGUUUUGACAUGCACGUUCACAGCCUCGCCUGAUCCAAGACCACUGUUGAUUCAAAUCAGCCCAAAGGAAUGCUGCUGUUUAAUUCAGUCUCUACUGCACAGUCAGGUCGGACAAAAACUGGACAGAGUUGAACGCGGCCUGGUAAACUGUAACAGUCCAAUCUGGACGGCAAGAGGAAAUGUAUUCAUCGCAGCUGCUGUUAAUAUUUGCCAUUUUUAUAAAAGUGUAAAUAUAUAAAAGUUUGUGUCUUUGCUGAAUUUGAAUUGAGACUCAUUAUUAAAAAUAAGCAACCUUUACAAGAGAAAAUCUACCAUGAAAAGACAUUUUUAUUCUCACAAUGGUGUAUGAUAAUGUUAUUUAAGGAGUUGGUCACAUUUUACAAUGAAUCCUGAUAUCCCCAGCAGUAAUAAAUACCAGAAAUGCAUCUGAACUUGCUGUGAUUCAUUAUAAUGAGCCAUUUUCCAUUGUUUCCAAUAACUGUUAUGCACGUUUUCAAGGGGGUGCAGGGACCGGUAUAACAACUUACUGAACAUGUCAUUCAGGUCUCUCCAUUAACUGUAAUGCUUUUUGUUUGUCUUGGAUCUUUUAUUGGAACUGGAAAUUUCCCAUAAAGACAAUAAGGAAUCUACUCAUUCAGCAGUCUUUAAGUCAUAUUGGACAUUGAGUUCAUAACAUUUGCCUAGUUGGAUUUCAAGUGUUCUAACGAAUAAUAAAACAACACGGUGCUAAA